GUCAAGUCUGAGGAAAUGCUGUGAGAACUGCAGCCAGACCUAAUUUUUUUUUUCUUCUCCCCUCGUGUAAGAGAGGAAGGAAAGGAAGAAGGAGAAGUAACUUGCUCAAAUGUGCUUCGUGCGGGGGCUGGGGCUUGGGGACUUGGUGUGGAGGAUCUAAUUUCUACUCCAGUGGCAGCCGGAGAAGCAGCAAAGGGAGGCAGAGACCCACACCCAGACAUGCCCAUCUCGGCAGGCUGGUGGCUUGUUCUCCUCGGCCUUUUCGCCACUGACAAACAGUUAUCACUACAGAUUGUUGUACCAUGUGAAAGUGAACAAUAUUAUGAGUAUGCUGGAAGAUGCUGCACAAAGUGUGAGCCAGGAAAGUAUAUGUCUGCUAAAUGCACUGCCACUUCUGAGACAGCAUGCCAGCCUUGUGGUCCAAAUGAGUAUAUGGACACCUGGAAUGAGGAGGACAAAUGUUUACUUCAUAAAAUAUGUGAUAAAGGGAAAGGUUUAGAAGAAGUGAAUCCAGGAAACAGGACAUUCCAACGGCAAUGUGCAUGCCAUGCAGGAUACCACUGGGAUGACGCGUGGGAUGGCUGCAAACGAAAUACAAUAUGCACUCCAGGGUUUGGAGUUGAGCAUCCUGUCCAGCAAGACAAGGACACCAUAUGUAAGCCAUGUCUUCCAGGGUACUACUCAGCUGUGUCUUCACCCACCGAGGGGUGUAAGUCCUGGACCAACUGCACGGCUCUGGGCUUUGAAGUCCGAGUUCCAGGGACCACACGUUCAGAUGCAGUGUGUGAGGAGCUUAAGAGGCCCAACCAGCCAGAAGACACAAACAAGAUUUUUUAUGUAUUGAUUGUUGUACCAGUUCUCGUGGCAUUCAUUGGCAUCAUUAUCCUUAUUGCCUACUACAAAAAUAAAGGGAAGGCACUGACAGCAGGACUGCAGCACUGGGCGAAUCAACUAUGCAGGCAAAUAAAAGGGAAAAAGGAAUCCCCCAAAGAUCCCUGCCUGAACCCAAACAUGGCAAAUACUACUAGGCCUCAGCGUUCGGAAGGAAUGUGUUUGCUAGCCCACGCUGACAGUUCUUGUUCUGAAGACGCAUGUUGCCCAAAUGGGCAUGCUCUAUGUAGAAACAGUAGCCCAGAUGCAAUCCACUGUGAAUCUGGAGAGAAUACAACCUUGUCUUUAGUAACCGAGUUGGAAGAUGACCGUUUCAGGCAGGGUCCCAUGGAGGAUGAAUACGUAGAUAGAGCUCCCCAUGCCACUGGUUAUUUCCCUUUAUUGAGCCAGUCUGACAGCAAAUCGCUAUCACCAUUUUCAGGGCCACUGGAGGUUGGGGAGAAUGAUAGCUUGAGUCAGUGCUUCACAGGAACUGAGAGCAUGGUGGACUUGGCAGGUUGUUACAGCUCUGAUGCUCCAUAUGGAGCAGACUGCAUCCAUGCAUCCUCAGACAAAAGUCUGCAGCAGUCUUGCAACUGUACAUACACUCAUGUGAAGGAAACGGAGAACAAGGAUACAGAUCACUUCUGGAUGAACCCUGACUCUGGGUACAGCUGCAAAAGGUGUGGUGUUUCAUGUAGAGAAUCUCCCAGAAAGGGGAGGCAACCCCAUUGUCCAGCAGUAGGCAGCACCACGGCCUCUCCAGAAAAUGGACCUUAUCCAUGUGCCUGUGGCCUGGACUUUCUCUCUGCUGGUCAGAGUACUUUAGCAAGUGAUCAAGGCAUUGAAGAUGAUUCCUCUGACAGUCCUGACACAAAGCACCAGAAGACAAACAGAAGUACUUCAGGAGCUAAUUGUAACACCUCAGACCUCCCUCUUGCAUCAGGAAAUGUGACUGGAAACAGUAACUCUACAUUUAUCUCAAGUGGACAAGUAAUGAAUUUUAAAGGUGAUAUAAUUGUUGUCUAUCUUAGUCAAAACUCCCAGGAGGGACCAACCACCACUGGAGCAGCUAAUGAGAAUGUGGGGAGCCCAGUUCAAGAGGAAAACCUGAACCGUUGCGAGACUUUUGCUGGCAACACUCAGCAUUACAAAGAAAAGUAUGCUGAAAUCAAUCCAACUUGCCCUGUGGAAAACGGAGGACAAAAUAGCACUGGGGAAUAUCAUAGGUGUCCAGGGCCUGUGGCUCAAGAAGAGAACCAAGACUGCCAAGGCAGGAACUGCUGCCACAAGGGAGCCUCUCAGCCAGUGCAAGAGGAGGGACAACCAGGGCAGUGCUCAGAGAAAGCGCUACUCUGACGUGAAUCAAUGCCUUGCUCAUGUUUGGCGAGAACACCAUUCCUCCAGGGACACUGAAGAGCAGCCCACAAGCAGCAGGGACGGCGUGUGCAGCUGUGCUGUCAGCUGAUAGUCCAGGUGACUGAGGCACACUCAUCAGCUCUGGGUCCUGCGCUAUUCCUGGCACCGCUUGGAAACUUUAUACAGUGGAAAGGACAGGCUUCACGGCAUGUGCCUGUGAUGCUGGCGCUGUGGAAAGUACACGUGGAGACAGACUCUCAAGUGUGUAAAGCUGCCUGUGGUGCUGUUGCUGCAGGAACGUCUUUGCAAUUGUACUGUCUGUUCUAGACUCUCAGUCCUUUUCUUUGCAGAGACGAUGACGAGUGGCAGGGCAAUUGGGUCAAUGGUAACUGUACUCGGAGGGGGGCUGGCAGCCUGCCCUAGUGUGCGGGCAAGCAAGACCUCAGGCCCGGUGUGUGCUUCUGCAGUGUGAACAGGGAUGACUAAUAUUCUGAGAGCAGCCUGUCAACAUGGACUUAUAUCUUUUUAUCCCUGACUGGCAUCCAAACAGGGAAAAAUCAAACCAAACUAUUUGCAGGGCUUUGCUCUUCCCCUGUGCCUCUUUAGGGGCUGGCCAUGAUGGCAGCCCCAUGCAUUCAGGAUUAGUGUCACUGUUGGCACCUACCCCUCUCUCCUAAAGACAGCCAUGGCCUCAGCCUUUCCUAGCAAAAUCAAUGCUCUGGGUCUUGAAGACAGACCCGAGGCUAUGUUGCCUGUCAGCGCUGGAGCUCUGCCAAGCAGGGUGUUGGCUUUUAGGUAUUUUGCUCCGACUGAAGUGCAAAGGUAUGAUCUUUGCAACAGGCAACCAGAAGGGGUGUGCCCUAGAGCAUAUCUGAUGCCUUGUACAUGAAGAGCAGCACAGCUCUUGGCUUCUACACACUGUUGCAUCACUACCAUAACUCCACGUGGAUCAGGACCUUGGGAUUUUAAGAUGGGAGUGGGGGUUCUUGGUGGCCUGUUCCUUGAGACCUUGGAAGUCCAGGGCACAGCUCCAGCUGUGAGGUAGAUGCAUUUCCUGCAGGUGCAUGGAGCAGGCAUGAGACCAGCACAUGUUUUACUUCCUUGAGUCCUAGGAGUGGCCCUUCUUCAGGAAGAUUUUCUUUUAAUUAAGUAGAGAUGUAGCCGGGGUGGGGAUCUACCACUGUAGUAUACCAAUACAGACUAGGGGAAGAGGUGGGGAAGGGAAGAUGGACAUGGGUGAGGGGGGAAGGGAAGGCUUUCCUUCCCAGGGUACAGCAGCAUCAGCUCCUCUUUAGCUGUAGCAGCCCUGUGGCCUGGCUCCCUGUGAGCCAGUGCCCUGUUUGCUCCCUCCCCAUACAUACAUAUUGGGCAUGAGGCUGCAAUGCUCCCCUGGGGCUUGGGAGCAGGGAAGGAGUACCAUCCUACUCACUCCACUUGUUCCUCACCCCUGAUGCACACUUGGUGCGGCGCUACCCUGCAGGGUUCCUACAGCCGGGCAGAGACAGUUCAGGACUGCCAUGGCAGACUUCGAGCAGGGGUGAUCCUGGUGCCCCCUCAUAGUUGGUACCCAGGGCAGGUGCUCCACUUGCUCCCCCACCAGUUAUGCUACUGUAAUUAAGACAAUGUGCAGCCAGUUGCUGUUCCUGUGACCAAAAUAAAUCUAUUCCAUGUCUGUCAGGACCUUUCUCAGGCCUGUUCCUGCCCAAGCAGGCCUUCCAUUUUCCAUGGGUACUUGUGUUAACGAAGUCAGGGCAGUCAAGCUGCAUAGAUAUGUCCCUGCAUGAGCUGGCCACUAGAGUAGUGAUUCUCAACCAGGGUGCUAUGAGGUCCUUUUAAGGGUGCUGUGGGACGCCACUCAAUAUUAGCACUGUCAGGUGUGCAAACACCUACACAUGAGUCACAAGACAAACCCAAAGAUUUCAAAUAGGAAUCCAAAGAGCCAAAAGCUUUCUGUCCUUUUGUGGUCUUUCUGAGUUUGCACAUUUUUUUCAGCUCUCUUCUCCUUAGGGGAGACUUCUAGGGCACAGAGGCAGGACUGGUUGAUAUUUUUGUUGAGGAGAAGCAGAGCAGAGCUCCUUCUCCAUGCAACAUUUGAUAAAAUAGCUGCUUUACAUCCUAGUAAGGACUAUGGAUAGAUGGGAUGAAAUCAUGGCACCAUCAAAAUCACUGGGAGUCACUGAACUUCCACUGAGUUCAGUGAGGCUACAAUUUUAUCCACAAAAUCCUGGGAUCCUUGUGGAACAAAGUUUGGAAAGGGAUCUAAAAAUGAGGACAAAAAAAGGAGCAUGUCAAGACAGGUAUGAUGAUGAUUCCAGGGUUGGAAAUGCUUUUCCUUGUCCCUGGCUGACCCCAAAGUGAAGCUGUCAAUCCAUGGGCAUUGCCCUGCUGUGCUGUAUAGGUCCCAUACCUGGCUGCUCAGUCUCACUGGCCCAGAAGAAAUGUCUGCAUCUUUUUUAGUUAAUUUGUAAGCUCUUUGGGGCAAGGACUGUCUUUCAAUGUGUUUGUACCGUGAGGCUUAACAGAAUGAGCCUCCAUCUUGGUGCUCGGGCUGCUAUCAUAAUACCAAUAACUAAUGAUAAUAAACUCCUAAAGCUUUCUUUGGGUUAAAAUGAGAGGUUU